AUGAGGCAUGCAUCCGUCUGGAUGUGUAUCCUGCUGACAUUCUACAACCUGCAAGCGACGUCACUGGCGGCUAUUGUACCACCGCCAUGGAGCGAUCCAAACAAGAACCCCUGCGCUACGCAACCGGGCGGCUGGCAACUUCUCUACUGGCCGCCGCUCAAACGCUGCUUUAAAAUAUUCCAGCUCGGUUAUCCCUGUCCCGACACGAUGGAGCUCAGCCCGGUCGGGGCCGGCACAACGGGGCUCGGUUCCACCGCCGAAUGUCGAUGUCCACCGGGUACCGCCCAGUCACCGCUAACCAAGAAAUGCCACAAACUCUUCGAACGGGGUCCGUGCGAGUUCGGCCAAUACUUUGCACCGAUUGCCGAUUCGGCUGGAAGGAGUGCCAUACCAAAACAACGCUGGGGUGUCUGCAAGUCGACGGAAAUCUGUGACAGCGGAAUGAUCUAUUGGCCCCAGGACAACAAAUGCUACCAGAUACACACCAAAGGCCCUUGCCCGAAGGGAAAGCUCAUCAGUUUAGAUAACAACGGGAUCGCACGGUGCAAGUGCGAAAACGAAGGCGACUUGAGCAACUACUUCCACGAGGACACCGAAACUUGCCAUGAGUUUUUCACCAAAGGACCCUGCCUCGGUACGGGCGAACUAUUUCUUCCCUCGCGAAAGUGUGCCUGUCACGAGCGUUUGCCACACUAUCACAACGAAACCAACCAGUGCUACGAACUGGGCACGAUUGGACCCUGCCCCUUCGGCCAUACGUUUAUCGUGGCGGACAGCAAACGGCAAACGGAUGGAUCAAGCAGUGGCAUGAAAGCGGAAUGUCGCUGUAAGGAUGGUUAUGUGCAGUGGAAGGACGGCUACUGCUACAAGCUAUACACGCAAGGGCCGUGUGAGUUCGGGUCGUUUGUCACCGAAACAAACGUAUGUUCGGUAAAUCCUUGCGACAAAGGACGGCUUUACUUCCCACAGGAGAAAACAUGCUAUCGGAUCGGUUCCCAAGGUCCCUGUACCUUGCACCAGGUGGUCAUCUUUGACUUUACCUCACGUCCAUCGCUCGAUGGCAUCUCGUACAAUGGUAUGUGCGGGUGUUCGGGUGUGAUCUCGAAUCUCGACCAAUCCUGCACGGAUGAUGCAGAUCAGAUACCGCAAAGUGCCUGCGACAGUACGCCCGAAAUGGUCGAAGUGAAUCGCCAGUGUUACAAACUUUACACCCGCGGACCGUGUGGACCUGGUCAGUGGUUGGAACCGAAGAAAAUUCCCACGCGCAUACGGUCGGCAGCUUGCGUGUGUCGGCCGGGUUACACGCCGUAUGAGCAACCGCUCGCUAACGGUGUCAUAGGCUGCCAGGCGCCCAGUGUCGGCAUUGCCAGAUGGUUCAUGAGCUUGCUAGGCUUUGGAACAUCCGACCCGGACGAAUACUGA